AUGACACAAGAAAAGGACAUGAAAUCGGUUCGUAAACGGACACUACUGAUGGAUACACGUUUGAAUAGUGGACGAACGGGAGGCAUUUAUAUUCCACCAUUCAAGUUGGCACAAUUACAACAACAAGAAGAGAAAAAUGACCGUAGCAUAUCGUCUGAAGAGACGCAACGACGAACAUGGGAUGCAUUACGUAAAAGUCUCAAUGGUCUCAUUAAUAAAGUCAAUGUGGCCAAUCUAAGUAAUAUUCUACCCGAGCUUUUCCAGGAAAAUCUAGUGCGAGCACGUGGUUUGUUGACAAGAGCUAUUAUGAAAGCACAAUUGGCAUCACCGGGUUUUACGCACAUUUAUGCAGCACUUGUGGCAGUACUUAACACAAAAAUGCCCGAGAAUGGGGAGCUGCUGGUCAAGCGUGUCGUUUUCCGCUUCCGCCGAGCUUUUAAGAGAGGAGACAAAGUUGUUGCGAUUGCACUUGUUCGCUUUAUUGCACACCUUGUAAACCAGCAGGUUGUCCACGAGUUGUUGGCGCUCGAAGUGCUCACCUUGUUGCUGGCAAAUCCAACUGACGACUCUGUUGAAGUGGCUGUGAACUUUACGAAAGAAUGUGGACAGAUCUUGGCCGAGUUGUGUCCUGAAGGACUGCGUGCUAUCUUUGAACGCUUUCGAGGCAUUCUUCAUGAAGGAGAAAUUGAUAAGCGCGUGCAGUAUACAAUUGAGGGACUAUUUGCCAUUCGCAAGGGCGAAUUUGCAGACUACCCAGCCGUGCAUGAACAGCUGGAUCUGGUCGAGUCUGGAGACCAAAUUACGCACGAGACAACACUUGAAGAGCAGAUUGAUUGCGAAGAUAAGCUGGACGUCUUCCGGUUCGACCCAGACUACGAGAAGAACGAACAGCUGUGGGCUGCGAUUAAGAAGGAGAUUUUAGGCGAAUCUGACUCGGACUCUUCCAGUGGAAGUGACGACGAUGGAGAGGAGGAUAAUGAUGUACAGCAACCUGUGUCCGCCGACAAUAACAUGGCCAUCCAGGACUACACAGAGCAGGACCUUGUGAAUUUACGUCGCACAAUCUACCUGACUAUCAUGUCUAGUAUCACGCACGAAGAAUGCGCUCACAAGUUAAUGAAGCUCAAUAUUCGCCCAGGACAGGAGAAGGAAAUUUGUUCGAUGCUUAUCGAGUGUUGCAGUCAGGAGCGAACGUACUUGCGAUACUAUGGAUUGCUUAGUGAGCGGUUCUGUCUGAUCAAGCGCGAAUACCAGGAUGCUUUUGACGAGUGCUUUGCCGAACAGUACUCUCUGAUACACCGUCUCGAGACCAACAAACUUCGCAACGUGGCGAAGCUUUUCGCUCACUUACUGUUUACAGACGCUCUGCCGUGGACUGUAUUCGAAUAUAUCAAUUUGAACGAGGAAGAGACCACGUCGUCCAGCCGUAUUUUCAUCAAGAUAUUGUGCCAGGAGCUUUCGGAGCAUCUCGGCAUGAAGGUGCUGAAAGAGCGUUUUCAUGAUAAGAUUAUGCAGCCUACGUUUGCUGGUCUUUUCCCGACGGACAACCCGCGGAACACUCGUUUUGCUAUCAAUUUCUUCACAUCUAUUGGCCUUGGUGGUCUGACUACGGAGUUGCGCGAGUACCUAAAGAAUGCACCGAAGAUAAUUAUGGAGCAGGCGAAGGCUGCGGCUGAUAGCAGCGAUUCUGCUUCAGACUCAGGGUCGAGUGAUAGCAGCAGCAGUAGCAGUAGCUCUUCCAGUUCCAGCUCAGACUCGGACUCAGAUUCUAGUAGCAGCAGCGGCAGCAGUGACUCAUCCGAUUCUGACUAA